GUGACCCGGAAGUUGAAGGAGAAGUUGAUGAUAACAACACAGCUAACCAGACAUUCUCGCUAUUAGAACGGUGACAAGAAAGGCUCUUGUCACUCUGGGGACUCUUGGAGCUUCUCUCUCUCUCUCUCUCUCUCUGUGUGUGUGUGUGUGUGUGUGUGUGAGAGUGAAAGAGAAAGAGAGGAAAAAGUGAGUGUGUAUUCUCUGCACCUCCUUGGAGGAUGACCAUGGAAGAGAUGAGGAUUGAAACCGAGACAAACUCCAUGGUCUCCAUGACGCUUUACGCUGUCAUGUACCCAGUUUUUAACGAGCUGGAGAGGAUCAACUUGUCAGCUGCCCAGACACUGAGGGCAGCCUUCAUCAAGGCAGAGAGGGAGAACCCAGGCCUAACUCAGGACAUCAUAAUGAAAAUUCUGGAGAAGAAAAACGUUCAGAUAAACUACACAGAGUCUCUGCUGCGCAUGGCUGCAGAUGACGUGGAAGAGUUCUUAGUGGACAGGCCAGAGCAGGAGUUCCAGGACCUAAAUGAGAAAUCCAGAGCACUGAAACACAUCCUCAGUAAGAUACCUGAUGAGAUCAACGACAGGGUACGCUUCCUACAGACAAUUAAAGACAUCGCCAGUGCUAUAAAGGAGCUCCUGGAUACAGUCAAUAACGUCUUUAAGAAAUACCACUACCAGAACCGUAGGGCUCUUGAGCACCAGAAGAAGGAGUUUGUCAAAUACUCCAAAAGCUUCAGCGACACCCUCAAAACAUACUUCAAAGAUGGAAAGGCGAUCAACGUGUUCAUCAGUGCGAACAGACUGAUCCACCAAACCAACCUCAUUCUGCGGACCUUCAAGACCGUCGUAUAGGCUUGCCUUGGAGAGGCCAUCCAAUCUUCCAACAAAGCAACAUUAAAAAUGGCAUAUGAUCGGAGAGCACCUUCUACCAGAUUUAAAUGUACAAUAGAGGCUUGAUUUUGACCAGACAGUUGUAAUUUAUACCCUUGAGGUGCGUUCAAAAAGGCUGAUGUUAGCAGUGAAAUACGUCAGCUUUUAAACUGUUAGCUAACGUUAGUGAAUGUUUUAAUGGCCAAAAGCUAGCUGAAGAACUUCAGCAUAUGUGAUAGCUUUUUUAGUUAUCCCUAGCUACUGUUUAAUUGUGUGAAUCAGCAUUUUAAAAGUUUUAGGACAGUCUUGCUGAUCAGGCUGUGACGAUAACAGUAUGACAAUAUUUUUUUCAAUUUUUCUUUGGUCCUAUAAAAACUUGCUGUAUGUAAAAUAUUCUGUGCUAUAUCUUAGAAAUUAAAUAAAUGUGACAAGAUAAUGAUAUUUGUUUCUAACAUUAGGGCUCUUUAUCUAAAGAUGUAAAAUGAGCUUUUUGUUUCUUGCCAUGUUAUUAAUGAUACUGGUAUCUUCCUGGCCCUACUUGUUGAACACACACCUGGUCUUGUUAGAAGUAGAGGAGACGAGGCAUUUGUCAGACUAAUAAUUGCCAUUUUUGAUAAUAUAUAUUCAUGUGAUUACUUUACGUUAGGCUCAAGGUAGAAGUUGCCCCUAACCACAUAUCUAGGAUCAGAUUACCUUUCCCCAAUCCUAACUUUACCUGUUACUGGGAUGAAGAAUACAGUUAGCUCCAAAAGUAUUUCAUUUUUUGUUGUUUUGGCUGUGUACUCUAGCAUUUUGGGAUUUGAAAUGAUACAAUGACUAUGAGGUUAAAGUGCAGACUGUCGGCUUUAAUUUGAGGGUAUUUUCAUCCAUAUCGGGUGAAUUGUUUAGAAAUUACAGCAUUUUCUAUACGUAGUCCUCCCAUUUUAGGGGACCAAAAGUAUUUCAUACAAAUUAACUUGUGUAUUAAAGUAGUAAAAAGUAUUUGGUCCCAUAUUCAUAUCACACAAUGACUACAUCAAGCUUGUGACUACACAAAUAUCACCCCCCCCCCCCCUCCCUAAAAUAUGCUAACGUCCCCUGUUAUUGUAAUGGUGAGAGGUUAGCAUGUUUUAGGGGUAUGAUAUUUGUGCAUCUGUAACUUUCUCACUCAUCAUUAUUCACGAUGCAUUCAGAAUGAUCCAUAAUCAUGGUAGUAUCCACAUCAAUGUAGAAGUGUAUUCUAUGACAGUCUGCACUUUAAUCUCAUCAUUUCAAAUCCAAAGUGCUGCAGUACAGAGCCAAAAUGACAACGGCAGCAAAAAUUCACUGUUCCAAUUCUUUUUGAGCUCACUGUAUCUGACCCUGUGUCAGUGUUUAGGGGCAAUUUAGCCUCUUAAUCAUGCUUUCAGAACGGAAACGGCUUUCACUACCUACUGUGCAUCUCAAGUGUCUCCCUCUCUUAAGAGAAAGCAAUAUGAUGUUCUAACCCUACUGGGUAUGACCUUUCACCUGUCCAGUCUUUACAGAGUAGUGCAGAGGAAGGGAGCGGUGUGAGGAGAGGAAACCUUGUUUGAUUAUUGAGAUGCACCCGUAUUCUACUCUCUAUUAGAAGACUGAAAACCAAAAGACUUCGGGGUAGGGGCGGACUAGGGAGGGAUCGAUUUGGGAUUCAAAAAGUAACAUUCCCACACUGUCUGUGUGUGUAGCUACAGAGAGCAUGACUGAGGAGAGAGGAGGGUUUGUAAAAGGAGUCUGUCCCUGAUGUUUAAAGAUGAAGGGAUAGAAAUGGCUCCAGGUUGAAGCUGUCUAUAUUUAACUGAUACUGUAUGUCUGGUGGCAAAUGUUCAAUAAAUCAUUUCCUAAUUA